ACCACCGGUUUCUGGGGUAGUGCGCCGUUUUUUGUCUGUCAGUGAAUGUGUUAAGUGAUGAAAUUUCAAAGAUGCUGGAAUUACUUUUCUUGUAAUCCAGUAUUCUCUAUCUACGAAGUUCCAAGACCCUCACAAAAAAAAAUCGUUCUGAUACAAACUUUCAACCCCGUUUUAUCCCCCUUAUAGACUGAAUUAAAAAAAACCUAAAAAUACAUUGGUUGCUUUAAAAAAAAAAUACUAAGUUUAAACUUCCUAACAUAAAAUAAAACUAGUACCCCAUACAAUCAUUCAUCCCCUAUUUAACCCAUUUUGUUAUUGAAUUUUGCAAAAUCGCUUCAGAUUUCUUGUACAUAUAAAAUCUGAGACCUUAACGUCCACGGUAAUUUCGAAGCAUCUGCAUACAACCUUGUAUAUUUACGUUUGCACAUUACUCAGAUUGGAGACAGUACAGCCCGCUAAAUAAGAAGGUAUUUUAAGGCAUCAUGUGACUGGUGGUAUGGAAGCACUUCUCUGAGUUUUCUGAUUUAUUCUUGGCAAUAAAUUAGACUAAAGCAUAGGUACUUAUAUUUUAUGACUAUGCCGCGUCGCGCUAUUGUAUCCUACUUCAUUCUUGCUGCAGCCAAAGGUUACAUUAACUCUAAUUGGUGUACAAUACGUUUCGCACUCUGGUACGGCCAAGACGCCAGCUUUAUACUCUUAAUUUAUCAUAUUACGGUGCUUGAAUAGGACUAGUUAGUUGAUUUUUUCCGCAUCUCCGUAGGCAGUCAAUACACUUAUCGGUUCUGGCUAUGCUAAGUUACACAUUGUUGAAGACAAUACCACAUCAUCUCGUUGGAAAUUCUAUUCUGGCAGCGUCGAUAUUUUAUCUGUCCUGUAUACACUUACAUCGACAGAUUUACCAUUCGGCUGACUACACACUGGACAUAACAGGGCCGUUAAUGGUAAUAACACAGAGAGUUACUUCCCUGGCCUACUCGAUACAGGACAAUCUAACCCAGAAGGAAAUCAACUCGAACACGAAGAGUCCUGACUCUUCACUCGCACAGAAAAUCGAUAAGAUUCCGUCUCCUCUCGAGUACUUCGCGUUUACACUCGCCUUCCAAACGUUGAUGUGUGGGCCAGUAGUGUUCUAUACCGAUUAUAUUAACUUCAUAGAAGGCGCUCGAAUUGACGAGAAGCAAAGCAAGUCUGCUAACGAACCGUCACCUAGGAGAGCGGUGAUGUACAAGCUGAUGGGCUCCAUUGCGGCUGCGCUGUUGUACUUGACUUUGGCGAAAAAAUACCCAUUAGCGGUGCUCGAAGAGCUCACCGACCCCACAUCCGAGGUCUCACGCUCAUGGUCGGCGCUGUACCUCCUGUGGUACGCGUAUCUCUCGACCCUCGUGGUUCGCUGCAAGUACUACCACGCUUGGCUGCUCUCUGAGGCCAUCUGUAAUAAUUGUGGGAUGGGCUUCAAUGGAUACGAGAGCGACGGCACGCCUAAGUGGGACAAGAUGUCUAACAUAGACGUGUUUGGUUUUGAGUUCGCCCAAAACUUCCGCACCGCCAUCGCAAGCUGGAACAAGAACACGAACGCGUGGCUGCGCUGCGUGGCGUACUCGCGCGGCGGCGCGGCGUGGCGCACGGCGCGCGUGUACGCGCUGUCGGCCGUGUGGCACGGCUUCCACCCCGGCUACUACCUCACCUUCCUCGCGGGCGGCGUGUUCACCGUGGCCGCUAGGAAGAUUCGAUCAGUGGCGCGCCCGUUGUUCAUGGGUAGCCGGCCGAAGAAACUAUUCUACGACUUUCUGACGUUCGUUACAACGCGUGUAGCGAUGACGUAUGCAACCGUACCGUUUGUGCUGCUGCACCUGGCGCCGAGUGUGGCUUUCUACGGGAAACUGUAUUAUUCCCUGCAUUUCAUUGCCCUCGGCGCACUCCUGAUUCCUGAACGCCGAUCGCGUGCCACUCCUGUAAACUCCGAGCUUUCACAAAAAUCUUCCAACUCCAGUAAAGAAAUUCAUGAACCUAAUGGAGAUACUAAUGGUAAACUAAAAAUAAAUUAAACGUACAAUAAAUGGUGUCUAUUUUAUAAAGGUGAAGAGUUAUAAUUAAAAAUCGUAGUCUCGCAAUACUUUGACUGUCAAUAAUGCUUCCAAUUUAUGAAAGUUGCUGUUAUUAAUGACAUACUAUUUUAUUUUUAUUUAUUUUAAUGUCAGGUAAGAGAAACAUGUGUUUCCAUUGCCUGAAGUUGGGGAAACAGAAUUAUACAUUAUAAU